ACAACAUACUAAAUUUCAUGACAUAUUUUCUAUUUCAGUGGAAUUUGGAGAGAAGUGGAUGGCAGGCAAUGCCACAAAGCGGUGAGAUGAGCAGAGACAAGACAAGCAACCUCAAGAUGGACGCAAAUAGAGAAGUCUUCGCAGAGACAUACCAAAUAGCUCAGCUGGAGAAACUGAGAGAGAUGGAGAGACAGCGAGACACUGAAAGAUUUCAAAAGAGAAUGAGAGAGAUAGAGAGGAAUAGAGAGAGAGAGCUGGAGGAAGAUUGGACCAGGCAAAUGGAGAGUCUGGAAGAGAGGAAGAAAAAGAGAAGGAAAGACAUGGAAGAAGAGCUGUAUGACAGACAAAGAACACUGGGGAAACAACUAGAAGAACGAAUUAGAAGAAUGGAGACAGAGAGGGAAGAGGGGCAGCGUCAGCUGGAGAAACAGCUUAAGGACAUGGAGGAAAACUUUGCUAAGGAAAGUGAAGUGGAGCGAAAGAAAAACGAGGAUAUACUAAGAGAGCUUGAAAGAAAAAGCCAACAGGAGUGGGAGGCAAAGAUACUGGAGAUGGAACGUAAGAUAGAGAGAGAGGAAGUGAUGGCUCAGAGAAGGGAGGAGGAAUUGUUGAGACAGAUUGAACAUCAGCAGAAAACUAAAAUGGAGGCACUGAGACACACAGAAACAACAAUGGGAAAAGAAAGACAGAGACACCUGGAUAUUCAGAGAGAGCUGGAGCAAGUGAAGGACGAAUGUCAAGACAUGGGAUCAGAGAUACAGAGAGAGAGAGACAGAAAGAGCACUAUGAGGGAACACGUAGAGAUCACAGAGCGAAGGCUGGAAAAUGAGCAAAGAGAACUUGAGAGACAGCAAGAGAUGAAUGAGAAGGUUAAGAAAAUGGAGCAGAAAUUUGAGAUGGAGAGAGAGAUGGAGCGAAAGAGACAUGAGGAAAGAUGUAGGGAAUUGGAGGACAAAAGUCAGAAGGAAUGGGAGAGGACAAGAGAGAUGGAGAGAAAGCUAGAGGCAGAAAGAGAGACGGCUCAGCAACGAGAACAGGAGUUGUUGAACAUGAGAGAAGAGCAGGACAAAGCAAAAGAGGGAGAACUGAUGAAGAUGGAAAAGCAAAGAGAGAUUGAGAGAGAAGUAAAAAGAACAAGUGAGCUGCAGACACCCAGAAAAACAGAGCUGGAUAAAGUGAUAGGCGAAGGUAAAGAAUGGAUGAGAGAAAUUAAGCAAAAAGUAGAGAAAAGAAAAGAUACAGAGCUAGAUUUGAAAGAUGGACAGAAUAAUCUGGAGCAUAAACUAGCAGAUGAAAGAGAAAAAGAUACUGAGGAAGAAGAGAAAACAGCAGAACAGAGGAAGCCAACUAUCAAAGGGAUGGACUGGUUGAGAGAAAUGAGACAAAAAGAAGAGAAAGACAUAGAUAUCACUCAGCAAGAGGAACAGCUUUUUCUGCAGAAUACCUCAAAAGAAAGAGCAGAAGAGUCUGUGGUUAGACCAGUGGAAGAAAAGGACAAACCAAUCCAAGGGAUGGAAUGGUUGAGAGAAUUCAAGCUAAAAGAGAAGAAAAUUGUGGAUUCAGGAAGUAAUAUAACAAUUGAGGGUGAAAUAAAUCAAAGUACAAGUAAGCUAAUGGAAGGAAAGACAGCAACUGAACGAAAACAUGAGCAACUGGAGGAUGACUGGCUUGGAGAUAUGGGCCUAACGAAAAGAGAGGACAAAUGGAGUGAGAUUGGGAAGAAACAUCAGCGAAGCAGAGAGGAGAGUAGACAAGAGCUGGGGAAACAUAUCGAUCAAGGAGAGCAGACAGAAAACAACAAAUGUAUGGUGCUGAGCCCAAGAAGAAGAAAUGCAGCGAGAAAGAAAGAUGCUGAAGAUCAAAUAAUGACAGAGGUGAAUAAACAGGGAAUUAAUGAGGUUAAGAACCUGGAAAAUGAGGGAAUGGACUGGCUCGAAGAAAUUAAGCAGAAUGUGGUGAGAAAGAAGAGAGAGAGUUUGCAAGAGGGACAGCAAAUUAUAGAUGAACAACUAUCCAUUCAGAAGGAAAGAAUGGGUGUAAUGAACAACAAGAGAGAAAGAGAAAUGGAAGGGCAGCAGGUGGAGAGAUGUGGACAACUGGAUGACUGGCUAGGAGGUAUUGGCACAGAAACAAACAAUAAAAAGAGAAUAAUCCCAAGUAGGAGGCAAAGGGGGGAAGACCAAACAGAAGCUACAAGACAGAUGGAGAAAGAUGAAUUGCUGGAUGACUGGCUUGAAGAAAAGGAGCAAAAGACAACUGAGGAAAGAUGGCGGGAACUCCGAGAGAAACGCCAGAAGUGGUAAGUGGAAAAGACACAAGAGACUGAGAAACAGAGGGAACGCAAACUGGAAAUGGUGGAGCCGAGACAGAAGGAGUUGGUCACACGAAAGAGGAUGAACAAAAACCUCAGAUGCUCAGACUGAGAGAAAGAAACACAAAGGGAGACACUAAGCGGGAAGAAAGUCCAAAGAUGGAGGGAUGUUUGGAUGAACAUACAAA